AUGCCGGCCCCUGCCGAGGCAGGGCGUGUCCCCGGCCCGCCGGACGGCGGCUGGGGAUGGAUGGUUCUGCUCGGCGCCUUCGUUUCCAUCGGCUUCGCCUACGCCUUCCCCAAAGGCUUGGCCAUCUUCUUCAAAGAAAUCCAGGAUUUCUUUGGCACGUCCUAUAGCGAGAUCGCCUGGGUCUCGUCCAUCAUGCUGGCCACGACCUACGGUGCAGGUCCCAUCAGCAGCAUUUUGGUGAACCGCUACGGCAGCCGCCCCGUGGUGAUGUUUGGGGGGCUCCUGUGUGGGGUGGGGAUGAUCUCAGCUGCCUUCUGCACCAGCAUCUUGCAGCUCUACAUCUGCGUGGGCUUCAUCACAGGAUUUGGCCUUGCUCUCAACCUUCAGCCAUCAGUGAUAAUCAUAGGGAAAUACUUCUUGAAGAGAAGACCCCUUGCCAAUGGCCUUGCUAUGGCAGGGAGCCCCGUGAUGCUUUGCACCCUGGCACCUCUCAACCAAUUCCUUUUUGACAAUUUUGGCUGGAGGGGCAGCUUUUUAAUUCUUGGGGCAAUUUUAUUAAACUGCUGUGUGGCAGGAGCUCUCUUCAGACCCAUCGGGCCAGGCACAGCACAGGUCAAAACCCAGGUGACUGAGGAAGGGAAGGAUGCCCUGAAAGGAAAGAUCACUGAAGAUGGCCCCAUGGAGAGCAAAACAGAAGAGGAAGGAGAAAAGGACUGCUUUGAAAAAGUCAAUCAGUACCUUGAUUUCUCCCUCUUUAAACACAGAGGGUUCUUGAUUUACCUGAUCGGAAACGUGCUGAUGUUCCUGGGGUUCUUCGCCCCCAUCGUUUUCCUGGCACCCUAUGCCAAGCACACUGGCGUAGAUGAAUAUUCAGCUGCUUUCCUGCUCUCCAUCCUGGCCAUUGUGGACAUGGUUGCUCGCCCCGCCACGGGCAUCAUUGCCAACAGCAGGUGGGUGAGGCCGCGGAUCCAGUACUUCUUCAGCUUCGCCAUCGCCUUCAACGGCGCCUGCCACCUCCUGUGCCCGCUGGCCUCCAGCUACACGGGCCUCAUCGUCUACUCCAGCUUCUUUGGGCUGGCCUUUGGCAUGGUGUGUGCCAUGCUCUUCGAGACGCUGAUGGACCUGGUGGGGGCUGCCCGCUUCACCAGCGCCGUCGGGCUGGUCACCAUCGCCGAGUGCUGCACCAUCCUGCUGGGACCCCCCAUCGGAGGAAUUCUUAUCGAUACCUUUGGAGACUAUAAAUACAUGUUCAUUAAAUGUGGAUCUGUGAUGGUCCUGGCAGGAACCUUUCUGUUCAUCAUGAAUUAUUAUAAUUAUCGUAUGCUUGCCAAGGAGGAGAAGGAAAGAAAGGCAAAAGAAGAGGAUCCUAAAUCUGUAAGGACAGAAAGUGAAGGCCAAAAAAACUGGAACAAAGACUCCACACAGGAUGGGCCUGAGCUGGAACCUUUGAAAGAGAAGGGAGAAGGAUUAAAGAAGGAAAUGAAUGGCACAAAUGAAGUUUAAACCUGUUCUCAUGGGCUGAAUGGUAAAUGACUUUUGGGUUGCUCAAGUGAACACCA